AAAACGCUUUAUUGCCACUGUUUGAUUCCACCACGUUGGAGAAAUAAACUCAACUGACGAAGCACUGCACAAAUUAUACACAACAGAGACAGGAGCGAAAGAGAAAGAGAGAGAGGAACAUGGCGACACUUGAUUCCGACGUGCCGAUGGUUCCCGCCGGCGAGCCCUCAAGCAGUGCCGGUCCUUCAUCUAAGAAGCCCAAGCGAUUCGAGAUCAAGAAAUGGAACGCCGUCGCUCUCUGGGCUUGGGAUAUUGUUGUCGAUAACUGUGCUAUCUGCCGGAACCACAUCAUGGAUCUCUGUAUUGAGUGCCAAGCCAACCAGGCUAGCGCCACUAGUGAGGAAUGCACUGUGGCUUGGGGGGUUUGUAACCAUGCUUUUCACUUCCAUUGUAUUAGUCGAUGGCUAAAGACCCGUCAAGUAUGUCCUCUAGAUAACAGUGAGUGGGAGUUUCAGAAAUACGGUCACUAAAACUUUGACGCAGUUGAGCUCCUUCGACAUUUGCACUCGUAUCCUAGCUUUUGCAUAUUAACAGCUGUCCCAAUUAUUUUCGAUUGCUUGUCUACUGGAUUUACCUUCAAGAGAGCAGUUUGUCUCGUGGAACUUGGUAUAUGUGGACAGACUACAUGUAAAGUAUUAUUUUAAUAUUUUGAUGUAUGUGUUUUAUUUGCUCUCCCUUUCGGCUGUUUAUUUGUGGUGCUUUUGGACCGUGUGUGCUGGUUUUUCCUGCUUCCCCGUUACAUUAUAUUUCGUUGCAGUUGAUGUUAAUGGAUCUUUUUUACUUCUGCGU